CAUCCCAGAAGAGUGAGACACAUCAAGGAGGGUAUAUGACAAUGGCCCGUCGCCGGGGUGUGGCCAUCGGUGAUGGGUCAUUGGAUGCUGCCAAAGACCGCAGCACGCCCGUCACUUCACCCAGAGAUGCAGCAGGCAGAGACAGAGGACGUUCAGAGUGAUGGUAGCUACAGCGGAAGUAGCGUGACACAGUGUCCGGAGGCAGACCUGGAAGAGCGAUUCUUGGUACCCUACCUGGAUGCGAAGGUCAGUCCACCGCAGCUGGUAGAGCUGGCUGUGCCCAUGGAGCCGGUCACCGUUCAGGCCCCCAAGGUUCGCCUCAACGGGCAUCCGAAAGCGGCGAAGCCGCCGCGACCGAAACCCAAAGUCGCCACCCCGGUCUUUGGGAUUGGUACCCGAGCGUCCUUCGGAAACUUCGGCACUCUGACCCCCAGGCAGAGCCCCAGGCAGAGCCCCAGGCAGACCCCCAGGCAAACCAGCGAUUCGGAAGACAGCUUGAAGCAAAGCUCUAGAGCUGGAGCUGGAAGUUCUGCAAGUUCUGCAGCUGGUGUGAUCCCCGGGACCUUUGUUUCCCAUGAUCACGUCACAUCUGGCCACGCACCUUCCAGACAAAGAGCUGGAGACCCCUCUGUGGCAGCCAUUCCCAAUCCACCUGAGCAAAAAAGCUUGGCGCAGCGUCUUCUUCCGUUGCUGUCGCGGAUAGAGAGACGAAGCCUCAUUUGGUAUUGUGCCAUGUGGCGCGAUGCCAUCAUCAUCCAGAGACAUCAGCUGCAUGCUGUCGAGAGCUCCCAGCUGCUGCGGGAGCAGGCGAACCAUCUGAAAGAGAUGGCGCUACAGCGGCAGGUAAACCAAGAGGAGCUGGCCAAAGUGUCGCAGGCCCUGCGCGUCAGCGAGAAGGUCCGCCACGACCUGCACUUGGAACUGGAUGAGGCCGUCGAUGCCAUGGAUGCCAUGGAUGCCACCAGACUGCCACAGCCUGAAGCUGCAGAAGCUGCAGAUGUUGAGGAGAUGGUGAUGGAACUAUCUUGGCUCAGAGAUGAAUUGGAGAUGGCCAAGAUUUCGGAAGAAGAGAAUUCGGAAGCAGAAUGUGCCGUUCUUCGUUCCUUGCGGCACGAAAUGGCCGUUCAGCGGCAGCAGGAUCGAGCUGAGUUCAAGCACGAAUUGCAGAGUGAGCGGAAGUCCUUUGAAGAACUUCGUCAGCAGAACAUGUACAGACCACAUGUCUCCCUCUCACCCAACACUUCCAUUGGUGAGAUCUCCUCAUCAGGGGCAAUGGGUGCACCCUCACCACGUCGGUCCUUGCGAACUAUUGUGGCAUCGCAUUCACAUCCGAAAUCAGAAGAGGCUGAGAGGCUGCUGGCUGAGGAAGCACGAACUGCAGAGGGUCGGUGUAGCGGGCUGAGGGAUGAGAUGCACAUUCAGGACAUCAUGUUGCGCCGUGUGCGGCUCGAUGAACAGCAGCUUCACCAGGAGGAGCAGCGUCUCUCGCAGCAGCUGCAGUCUGCAGAGGCGGCUGCGCAGCAGAGCGUGGCUGCGCUGGAGGAGAGGAUGGCACAACUGGAGGCGUCAGAACAGCGUCAAGCCUCAGCAGAUGCAGCAGCGAGCCGUUUGGCAUUGCAGUGGGAGGAGGGCAAGCUGCGUAUCGAAGCCUGGGCGUUUGGCAUGGCAGAGAGGCUGCACAGACAUCACCAGAUGAAGUUGCUGGGAGCUUGUUCCCAUGCAUGGUGCCUAGAAGUGCAGCGGAGCCGAAGAGUUCAAAUCUCCGUGGCGCCGGAGUUGGGCAGGGACGAGCACUUGCCCGCCGCCGGCGCAGCGGCAGAGGCGCUGCGGCGCGCUGAGGCGCGCUGCGAAAUUUCUCGCCUGCGAAGCCAAGCACUGGAGGCCGAAUUGGUGGCAGCCCUGCGAGAGCAGGAGCAGGAGGACUCCUAUGCGCUGACGCCUGCCUGGUCGGAAGGAGUCGAGGAGUCCGUGCCCAGUUCCAUGCCCAAAAUGGAUCCACUGCAGACGGUCCGCCUCAGGCAACUGUCGCAUUGGGCCUUCGAUGGCUUGUUCUUCUUGAUGAGAUCGACCUUUCUUGCCUGGAGCGAUCAAAGAAGGCGACGACAGUGCUUACUCAAGGCUUGGAGCUCAAAUUGCACCCUGUUGUCCUCCAGGCCAAAUCCGCAUGGAACCUGGGAUCUUUCUGUUAGAUAUUGGUGA